GAUUACCGACUAAUAUAGACCUCAGAGAAAGAAACUGAAUCAAAAAGCAAUAUUCUUUUUUUCUUUUCCUCCGUUUAGAAAUGAAGGUGAAAACUGAAAAAAUAGGUGAAAUAGAGCUUUUGGAGAAAGAAGCAGGUAAAAUUUUUACGUCAGGGGGGAACGGGUACUACUACGAACCAGAUACCGCAGAAAGUGCGAUGAUCAAUCACAACUUUCAAUUUCUAUUACAUUUGAUGGCAGAGAAUAAGUCACACAAUGCGUCCUUGGGGACCGUACGUAACAUCGAAUGUAGAAUAUCCGAACCCCCCUAAACGCCCCAAAAAGAGCAAAACAUAAAGCCUUUUGUAGCUGAAGUACUUUGGUUAAAUGUCAGAUUGUGUGUCGCUUAAACCCUAAUCCCUCUUCCCGCCCCUUUCUCUUUCACUGUUUUUAUGUAUUGCUCUUAAACGCUAAAAUUAGCUGCCAUGCCAAAUUUCACUCUUUAGCAAGCAAAAGCCAUUGAAUUGAACCUCUCCUUCUUUGGCUAUAAAAAUCAAUUUUAACUAUUUCAAGAAUGAAGUCCUUAAUAUUCCCAACAUGUUCUCCGCUCUCUUUUCAUCUUCGCAAAGCCACACCUUUUGCAUUCUUCUCUUUACCCUCGAAAAACCCCAAUCUUUGCCAACUCUCCACUCUUUCAAAUCCAAAAUUUCUCCACAUAAAACCCGCAAUGCCUUCACCAACACCCCCAAUUUUUUCAAUCCCAAAUCGGAAACUUCAUACAGAGACCUCGCAAUCUUCUUCACCCUGUGGUGAGAUCCACGUGAUCGUAGGACCCAUGUUCGCUGGCAAGACAACCUCACUGCUUCGCCGAAUCCAAGCUGAAAGCAGCAAUGGCAGCUUUCAGGCCAAGCUCCGUAAAAAUUACAUACAACUGAAUAAGGCUUUAAAGGGUCUUUGUUUUACGGGAAGACUGGGUGAAGCUGUUGGGCUAUUAUGGCGUACAAGAUUGAAAGCAGAUGCUGGAACUUAUGCUCUUCUCUUGCAAGAAUGCAUAUUCAGGAAAGAAUAUAAAAGUGGGAGAAGUAUCCAUGCACAAAUGGUUGUUAUUGGAUAUGUACCCAGUGAAUAUCUGAAGAUCAAGUUAUUGAUAUUGUAUGCAAAAUUAGGGGAUUUAAAAACUGCGCAUGUUCUGUUUGAUAAGUUACUAGAAAAAACUUUGAUUUCUUGGAAUGCAAUGAUUGCUGGAUUUGUGCAAAAGGGUUGUGGAGAAUUUGGACUUGAUCUCUAUUACAACAUGAGAAAGAAUGGUUUAACACCAGACCAAUACACCUUUGCAUCCAUAUUUAGAGCCUGUGCCUCCUUAGCCUCGUUAGAGCAUGGGAAGCGAGUCCAUGGGAUCCUGAUAAAGAGCCAUAUCAGGGAAAAUGUUGUGGUCAGCAGUUCUCUCAUGGAUAUGUAUUUCAAAUGCAGCAGUCUUAUUGAUGCUCAUCAGGUAUUUGUUAAAGUAGUAAAUAGAAAUGUCAUUACUUGGACGAGCUUGAUAUCUGGAUAUGGCCAGCAUGGAAGGGUUAUUGAGGUUUUGGAAUUAUUUGAUAAAAUGAAAAAAGAAGGUUUUAGACCAAACUAUGUUACUUUUCUUGCAGUUCUUUCUGCAUGUAGCCAUGGAGGCUUGGUUGAUGAAGGUUGGCACUAUUUCUUAUCAAUGACAAGAGACUAUGGAAUCCAACCAACAGGGCAACAUUAUGCUGCCAUGGUUGAUCUUUUAGGCCGUUCUGGAAAGUUGCAUGAAGCUUACAAGUUUGUUCUUAACUCUCCUUGUAAGGAGCACCCAGCCAUAUGGGGUGCUCUGCUUGGGGCCUGUAUUUGGGAAAAUUUGGCAGCACUUAGGUGGAAUAUGAGGAAUUCUGGGGUCAUAAAGGAAACUGUGGCUAUAAUAAAAUCAAACAAGGAUACAAGAUAUGGAUUGGAUUCAAUUGUGACACAUGACGGCAUGAAACUACCAUGUUGGGCAUUAGCAAAUUUAUUAUCAUUCAGACAAAAACUUGGCCCUGAUGCUUAUGAUCAGCUUGACGUCAUUGGCAUUGAUGAAGCUCAAUUCUUUGAUGACCUUUAUGACUUUUGCUGUGAAGCUGCUGAUCAUGAUGGCAAAACUUUGAUAGUUGCUGGGCUGGAUGGUGACUAUUUGAGAAGGAGCUUCGGAUCUGUGCUUGAUAUUAUUCCCCUUGCUGAUUCUGUGAUGAAGUUAACUGCUCGAUGUGAACUUUGUGGGAGACGUGCUUUCUUUACCUUAAGAAAGACCGAUGAGACACAAACAGAAUUGAUUGGCGGGGCUGAUAUCUACAUGCCUGUAUGUCGGCAGCACUAUGUCAAUGGGCAAGUAGUCAUAGAAGCUGCACGAAGUGUCUUGGAAUCCCCGAAGCUUCAAUAUGGCUCUUACACAUCGUUCACAUAGUCUUGUUUAUUAGGGUAUUUGGUCUUCUUGAAUAUUCUGCUUUCCGUGGUCCAAUCUUAUACCUCUAGCAUGUAUGUAAAUGUAAUUGGAUUAACAGGGAAUAUGUGCAUUCUUAUUAAAAAAUACGCUAAUGUAGAUUGGUUACAUUUUAUUUCUCUCUAAUGAAAAUGCUCGGUAAAACUUGUUCAUCUUAGUUUGUCAUGAA